AUGGUUUUAGUAGGAACGGUACUGUCUAUGGUUGCAGCUGGAAUAUUUUUUAUUAGCCUUUCUUACAUAGUGGACGCAUUCAUGAAAACUACCAUUUUGAAAGAAAGAAGAUUCAGAAACGUUGGUAUCACAGGCACUGAAUUCCUUGAUUAUUUUGAAUCAAUCACUUUAGACCUCGUGAAGAAGGAUCGUCCCAGCAUCACAUCUUAUUUGGGACACCCUAUACGAGUGUCUGCAAUUCAUGAUUGCUUCAACGAUUUUAUGUUUGUCAAAUCCCAAAAGGGGUCUCUUGUAAGGACAAAAUCUGUCGUUGCGAUAUUAACUAAAGAUGUUACCCCCGUUCCUGUUCAUUCUCAUAAUGACUAUUGGAGACAGUUGCCACUUUUCGACGCUAUUGCUCAUGGUGCUGUUAGUGUAGAGGCUGAUGUUUGGAAUAUUAGAAUACCGCAAAAAGGAAAAAAAUAUGGGGAGUUGGAUAAUUCGCAAGAAUAUUCUUUGGCAGUAGGUCAUAAUGAUAAUUAUUUGGACCAUGAAUAUCUGAAUUUAGAAUCUUUAUAUACAGCCCCUUUAUUGAACAUGUUGAAUGAGGUUAAUGUUGAGCAUGAUGGUAACGGAAAGAAGAAUGGGAUAUUUUUUGAUGCUCCAGAGCAAACACUAUUUUUCUACAUUGAUUUUAAAUCUGACUACAAUAAGUUAACUUAUAGACUUCUUAUGGAAAAAUACUUACAGGGCUUAAGGGAAAAGGAGUAUCUGACAUAUUAUGAUCUAGAACAAGACAAGAUUGUUUGGAACCAAGUGACUGUUAUCUUAACAGGAAAUUAUCCUAAAGAUUUAGGAGUGUUAGAUGGAGGCCAGGACAAGAGAGGCUAUUUCAAAGAUGCGAAGCGAUAUGUGUUUCUAGAUGCCUUGAUGCACGAUCUUUCAUCCUCUGUAAUUGACAACAGCACCUCCAUCACAGCGUCAUCCUCUUAUCAUCAAGUUCUAAGAUCAUGCAACUUGCCAGUGGCUGAAACAGAUAAGGAACGUGUUAGUUCUUGUUUCAGAAAGGUUGUCACCGAUUGUCACUCACAUAACGUAAAGACAAGAAUUUGGGGGGCACCCACUUGGCCUAAGGAUUUCUCCAUGGAUUUGCUGAGAUUACAAUGGGAGGCACAGUCGGAUUUUAUCAACCUGGACAAUCUGUCUGAUAUAUAUAGUUUCUAG